AUGUCAGAAUUAAACAAUUUUUUGAAAAAAUACAUUGAAAAAUUUGAUUUUAUCAAUGCUAUCGUAUUAACUGAUAAAGAAGAAAUUUAAGUAUGUGCAAGCUACAGAUAAGAUGAAGAGAAAUACAACUCUGCUGCCCAAAUGCUCUCAACUUUUAUCACAUAAAGAAAUGAACAUUUACAGAAGUUGAAUAAUACUAAAGCAAAAGCAAUAACUUUUAUGUAUACUGAUCACUUGAUCUAUAUGGAAUUAUGGGAAAACUUAAAGAUAUGUAUGUUUUGCGUAAAAGACGCAAAUCUUCCAUUUAUUAAUAAAAUUGUGGAAGAUAUGAAAGAAUCUCUAUCAUAACUCAACAAAGCAAUUGAAAAUAUAAAAAAUUGA